CUAUUUGUACAUCUUCCUCCUCUAGAUAUCAGGGACACUGUGAAGUACAAAGAAGUCAUGAAACAAUAUGGGCUGGGCCCAAAUGGUGGAAUAGUGACCUCUCUCAAUCUCUUUGCUACAAGAUUUGAUCAGGUGAUGAAGUUCAUUGAAAAAAGACAAAACGCAUCCAAGUAUGUUAUUAUUGACACACCAGGGCAAAUUGAGGUAUUCACCUGGUCAGCAUCAGGAACCAUCAUAACUGAGGCCUUGGCUUCCUCUUUUCCUUCAGUUGUUGUUUAUGUGAUGGACACCUCUCGCAGUACUAACCCCAUCACGUUUAUGUCCAACAUGCUGUAUGCCUGCAGUAUCCUGUACAAGACAAAGCUACCUUUCAUUGUUGUCAUGAACAAAACUGACAUAAUUGACCACAGUUUUGCAGUAGAAUGGAUGCAGGACUUUGAGACUUUUCAGGAUGCCCUGAAUCAAGAAACAUCCUAUGUCAGUAAUCUGACUCGUUCUAUGAGUUUAGUGUUGGAUGAAUUUUACAGUUCGCUGAAGGUGGUUGGUGUUUCUGCCGUGCUGGGCACAGGACUGGAUGAUUUUUUUGUUCAGCUUUCCAAAGCAGUAGAUGAAUAUGAGAGGUAA